CAAACAUUACUUAAAUAUCGCCAGUCAAAUUCACAGGAGUUGUAAUAUAUAGUUUUCAUGUUUUUUUCUGCACAGUCUCCACGUACCUUUUAACGAGCGACUCUUAAAAUACAAAAGAAGAAAGAUAGCACUGGGGUUGAUUCCAGAAAUAUGCUAUUCCUAGAGUGACGAUUUUAUAGGACUGCUUUUGUUCGACCAUUAAGUUAGUAACUCGGAUUUGGAUAUGCCGCUGUUUUGACUCGAACUAUUCGACUUCCUAAAAAAAAAAAGAGAAUUGAAAGUCUCUCGGAGUCAUCAUAAUUUCUUUCAUUUUUCUCUUAUUAUCAUCAGUUUCCCUUUAGAUUAUUGUUUAAACAUCCGUUUUCUUUCAGGUCCAAUAUCUGAAGUACUCAGUCAUUUCGUUACAACACUAGCUGAAAGCUCGCAUCACGAGUGGUAAGGAUCCCUCACUUGCUCAUUAUAAUUAUGUUUCGGUGUCUCGGAGUUAGCGCGUUCUCAAAAUUAGCAAAAAGGUCGUUCUUUUCAUUACGAGCACUGCAACCUUUAAAAUCAAGUACUCGGACAAGAAUUAAACAAAUCCGUUCGUUGUUGAAUCAUGCUCCGCCUCAGCGUGUUUUUCAACCAAAUGAACCAAGACGUGAUUCAACAGAGGUUUCCUUAAAUGCGCCAAUUAAUCAACCUUUGCAUUCAAGUCAUAAGAAAAAUCGAUUACUUGUUAACUGUACGCAGUUUGACAGCAAAGGAAAUGUGAGCGUUGUGUCUGCUGAUUUUAAAAAAAUGGAUUUGUGCCGUCAGCAUAGUCUUCUUCCUCGUGAUCUCAGAAAAUUAGAUACAGGUGUCUCUUCCAUUGUACCAGUAAUAUUGGUACGUUCAAGCUGUAUCCUUAUAAACCUGUUACACGUACGAGCAAUUAUUAAAGCCGACACGGUUUUGCUUUUUGAUGUGUAUGGAAGUACAAGCACACAAAUGCAUUCGCGCUUUAUUUAUGAGCUCGAGGGUCGGUUGAGAAAAAGUUCUAGUGAUUUUGGGUCUUUACCAUAUGAAAUGAGAGCUUUGGAAGCUAUUCUUGUGAGUGUCGUCGCAACCUUAGACACCGAAAUGAUGACUUUACAAACACUUGUUUCGAAUCUGCUCUCGGAUUUUGAGUUAGACAUCAGGCAUGAUCGUCUUCGAGCUCUUUUACGAUAUUCCAAACGCUUGUCUGAAUUUAAAAAACGCGCGACGAUGAUUCGCAACACAUUGGAUGAGACUUUGGAACAGGAUGAAGACUUAGCGGGAAUGUAUCUGACUGAAAAAUUAAAAAACGGGAAAUCAAGGCCCAUGCACAAGCAUGAAGAGGUUGAGCUACUGUUGGAAACUUACUAUAAGCAAGUGGAGGAAAUUGUUCAACGAGCUGAUAGUUUGAGCAGCAGUAUAAAACAUACCGAGGAGGUGUGUAACAUCGUCCUGGAUGCGAAUCGAAAUGCGUUAAUGAUCUACGAUCUAAAGUUGUCCGUGCUCACCAUGAGUACAGGUUUGGCAGCUGUCUUCGCAGGUUUAUUCGGUAUGAAUCUCGUAAAUGGUUAUGAAGAAUCUCCCUGCGCUUUUGUGAUUUCUUCUGUUGCGAUUUGCAGUAUGGCUAUUUUUACGGGCAUUUUCGGUGUUCACAGGAUUCGCAAACUAAACAAAGUGCAAAUGCAGUUUUAUCGAAAACCACUGUCUCGUGAAGAGUGUAACUUUCCGUAUAAUAACGACUCCUUGAGGUGAUCUGUUUAGGAUGCUUACCAAAAAAAAAAAAAAGACGUGCCGAUAAACAUCUUCAUGUUUACUCAAUUGUAUACUCCCAAUUGCUCUUUCUUUUCAUUUACAAAUUUGUCUAUAAGGUUUGUUGGUAUUUAUAGUUUCGGGUUUCUUUAAUUUCUCUCCCUUUUAUGAUUGUUUCGUUUUUUAUUUUCGUUUAAAUUCCUCUUUUUUUUUGGAUUCGCGCUUGUUAUGUUGGAUUAUUAGUUUCUACUCAUUACUUAUUGCUAGUACUAAUUGAUGUACCUUUCCGUGCAGUAUUUUUUUUCCCCAUCAAAUUUAAUGACCAAGGUCUUUUUUUAAUAAAUUAAUAAAUAUGAUAGCCAUUUUGUUCAUUCUGUAUUCUGUUAUACAGAGGAGCUUAAAUGUUCAGAAUAUCACAUUUUUCUGUUUUAUAU